AUGGCUGUGUACUUUUCCCAGGAGGAAUGGAGGCUUCUUGGUGAGGCCCAGAGACUCCUGUACCAUGGCGUGACACUGGAGACUUUUGCACUUGUUGCAUCAUUGGACUCCACACUGGAGAAAGGCCAUGAGUGCAAUGAAUGUGGGAAAGCUUUUAGCUACAAACUCACAGCUGUUCAGCACCAGCGAAUUCACACUGGAGAAAGGCCUUAUGAGUACAGUGUUUGUGGGAAAUUCUUUACUGAAAACUCCAGCCUUAUUGUGCACCAAAGAAUUCACACUGCCUCACAGCCUUAUAAAUGCAGUAUAUGUGGAAAAUUCUUUACCUCCAACUACAACCUUAUUGCACACCGGCGAGUUCACAGGGGCACAAGGUCUUAUGAGUGCAGUGAAUGUGGGAAAUCUUUCAGCAACAAACCCACACUUGUUCAGCAUCAGCGAAUUCACAGUGGAGAAAGGCCUUAUGAGUGCAGUGAAUGUGGGAAAUUCUUCUGCCACAGCUACAAACUUGCUCAGCACCAGAGAGUCUGCACUGGAGAGAGGACUUACGAAUGCAAUGAAUGUGGGAAAGCUUUUAGCAACCAAUUGACACUUGUUCUGCACCAGCGAAUUCACACUGGAGAAAGGCCUUAUAAGUGCAGUGAAUGUGGCAAGUUGUUUAGCCAGAGCUCCAACCUUAUUGUGCACCAGCGAAUUCAUACUGUAGUGAAGCCUUUUGAGUGCAGUGAAUGUGGGAAACGUUUUAGCCAAAGCUCUACUCUCAUUAAGCACCAAGUUCACACUAGAGAAAAACCACAUGAGUGCACUAAAUGUGGAGAAUUCUUUAGCCAAAGCACCCAGCUUACUCAACACCAAAAUGUUCACACCACAGAAAGGCCUCACAAGUGCAGCAAAUGUGGAAAAGUUUUCUGUCAAAGGUCUGUUCUGAGAACGAGAAACUUCAUAGUCAAGAUAGGCCCUAUGAGUACAGCAAAUGUAGGAAAAUUUUCAGUCAACAGUCUAACCUCAUCUGUCACCAGAAAGUUCAUGCUGGAGAAAAGACCUUCAAAUGAGGAGAGCAGCGAAUGAGCUGUCUCCUUAGUUAUACAUCAUACUGAAUAGGCUCUCUGAGGGAGUCAUUAACUGGAAGUUGAAUGCCAUACAUCUGAACAGCCCUUGUGUGCAGAUUGCCUAUGAAUACCAGGUUCAUAGGAAGCUUUUCAGUAACCAUGCUGUACUUCCUAACCUGCCCACAGCCCUUUCCAGUCUUAAUGUCACUGUGAGUUUCUUACCUCUUCCAAGUGGCAGAUCCCCAUCCUGGGCAUCAGUCACCUUACUGUGGUCAGGGUGGGUAGACUUUUGUGCUGUCCUGUCCCCUGGAGCAAAGCAUGAAUAGCCUGAGCACUUGGGUUUUGUUAUUCUCUUCCAUCAACUGGCUAAGACAGGACCUAACCAGCUUUGACCAUGGGGAUCCAGGUUGGAUUCUGCUGGUGGCUCACAGAGGUUUACCUUCUUUGGCAGCAUUGUCUCAUGUCAUGCUCACAAUGGAUUUUUCUAGCUCCAGGUCACCCUUUUUGGAAAAUGUUUGCUCUGCUCUGUGCCAUAAUAAAGACCAUUAUUUAAGCCCCCUUUCAUCUUGGGGUUUGUUCACUCUUAGACUGAUGUUGAGAACCAUAUUGGACUGUCAGGAUGAAAAGGAACAGGUUUUGUGAGUGUUGCAAACUUUGUAUACCUCAGUGGGGAUAGAAUCAUGGCAGAGAAUAGUGUUCACUCCAGUUGUGGUCUAAUUUGCAUUGUUUUCCAAGGCCUCCUAGGGUAGACUGCAGGGCUCUGUGGGACUAAUGUUGAGUCCUGGAUGUCAUAAUUUUUGGUGGGUUCAGAGGUCAUGCUGAGAUGAGGGUAGUCACGAGAACAACCAGUGAUUAGGGAGCUACAUGAGAGUGGAAGUCGUGUAGUCCAGGCAUGUGAUUUUUAGGACCCAGCAGAGGCCCUGGUUAACUCAAGUGGAAACACCUUUCAUUGCUCACCAGUCUUCAUUGCUACUGCAAUAGAAUCCCUCCCAAGGACAAGGAGAGGGGGUGGGGUUAACGUGUGGUUGGCAGAGUUCCACAGAAAAGAUUCAGAUUUUUAUGUGAAGCCAAUUUCUAUUAAAACUUAAUUGGGCUUCCCUGGUGACGCGGUGGUUGAGAGUCCGCCUGCCGAUGCGGGGGAUACAGGUUUGUGCCCUGGUCCGGGAAGAUCCCACAUGCUGUGGAGCGGCUGGGCCCGUGAGCCAUGGCCGCUAAGCCUGCGCAUCCGGAGCCUGUUGCUCCGCAACGGGAGAGGCCACGGCAGUGAGAGACCCGCGUACCGCAAAAAAACAAAAACAAAACUUAAUUGAGCUAUAUAGUUGGUAUGCAUUAAAAUGAACAUACCUAAAAUGUACAGUGUGGUAAGUUUUCAUACUUGUAAAGCCAUGGAUCCAUCAUCAUAAUAACAAACAUCCAACACCAAUAUCUACCUUCUGACAUGUCUCCCAGGACUCCCUGGCAACUACAAUUGAUUUACUUUUCCCCCCACUCAAUUAGUGUUUUCUAGACUGUUAAUAUCAUUGCCAUCUUAAUGUUCACUUUAGUAUUUGUUUUUUUCUUUCAUGAUGCAUAAUUAUUUUGAGAAUCAUCUAAGUUGCAGGUGUGAAUAGUUCAUUUUCUUCAAAAGGGGUCUUGUGGUUUGUUUCCAGUUUUGGCCACCACAAAUAAGCUUACUAUCAACAUGUGCAUAAAAUUCUUCAUAUGAAUGUAUGGUUUCAUAUUCUAAAAUGAAUGACUGUACCCUUAAUGCAUUCCCAUCAACAGUAUGGAACCAUUCCAGUUCCCCUAUAGUCCUCACCAGUACUUGAUUGGUAUGGUCAGUAGCUAAAAUAUUGCCUGUUUUAAAGUGUGUAGUAUAGUCUGAUUGCAUUUCCCUAAUUCAUAAUGUUGAACAAUUUUAUUGUGUUUAUUUGCCAGGUGUAUGUCUUCUUUGAUAAAUGCCUGCCUGUUCUUUUAUUUAUUAACUGAGAAGACAAAUGUGUUGUAACUUCACUUUUCUUCAGUGACUUUGCUGGGUGGAAUAAGUGUUUCUGCUAUUCACAACAUUUAGUC